AUGAGCAGAAGAAAGGACCUGGAUUUGUUCCUACAGCUUCGUAGCCCUGCUGCUGCAAUUGUGGCUUUAGAAAGCUCUCUGGCCAACAUGCUGCAUGCAGGAAAGCACGAGCACAUAGACCCAUUCCUGCAGAUCAUGAGCAACUUUGUCCAAGAACGCCAUGUAGAUGGCCUUGCCCUAAUUUCCACCCUGGUCACUGACAUGGGCAACUUUGUUGACCUUGCAAAGCGUAUAUGGAGUCAUUUUGAAAACAGUCAUGCUGAAAAAAAGUGGCAGCUUGUCUUGGGCAUUCAACUGCAGGCAAUUAAUCAGAGCAUCGUUGACAGUCUCACAGGGUUGUGUGACUUCUUAAUAUUUGUGAACCACCCCAUCACUGAGCCCUCAUCUUGCAAGUUGUCUCGUCCCUCUAAUAUACCUGUCACAAAGCACCACCGCAUGAUUAUGCAAAAGGUUGGUGAAAGCCCCUCGAGGAAGACUCUUCCUUGCAUAUCAGUCAGCUUGGCUGUCCAUGACUACAGACUCCGCUCUUCCCAUGAAAGGUUUAUGGAUGACUGCAUUCGUGCAAAGUGGGUCAACUAUGACCAGACAUGCCCUUCAAAAAUUGGCUCUGUUGAGAGAGAUCAAGAGUGGGGAGCAGCUUACCUGAAGAAAAACACAACAAUGCUGGUCUUUGAGGAUGAAAAAACUAUCACUGAUAAGGUGGCAGCAUUUCUAGAGGAAUGCCCACUUGGAUGCGUUGCUGCUUUUCAUGUUGAGUAUGAGGACUUCAUGGGCCGAUGCAUCGCAAGAGAAAGGUAUUCAAGGCUUCAGUCUAUUGCCAAGACCCUUCAGUACACAAAGGUUCCAAGUCAGGAAAAUUAUGUACCUAGUGAUGAAAACGACUUGCCUGUCCCGGAGAAUGUGUGUGAGCGAGGUGGAUCUAAAGAAGAAUGCCAUAAGAGAAAACUGGUGUGCGUGUUGUCCAUGAAGGCCAAACACACAGUUCUGGUUGGCGAGCAUUGCAGCCAUGUUGUCUUUGUGGAGGCCACAUUCAGCAACCAGUCAAGGCAAUUCUCGGUACCAGAACAAAGCUUCAAGGAAUUUCUUUCUAUUGAAGACAGCAAACACUUAGUAGCCUUGUCUCCUUCUGUGACCUCAAAGGAAGCAUUCGAGUCAAAACAGAAAAAAUAUAUCCUGGAAGCUGUGAGAAAACUUGUCUUUCUUCACUCGAAACUGGAUGGAGUGGCAUUGUUUUCUACAGCGCAGACUCAAAUGGAACUUCUGGUUAGGUUUUUCACUGAAGUGAAGGAAUAUCUGCAAAAAAAUAAUGUCGCAAAAAUUCUCUUGGCUGGGCUUUCUUAUAGCCAUGCUGCUGCUUACUUGAGCCGCUUACGAGGGAUAUGUGAGAUUAUUGUGUUUAUGACACACCACUACACAAUUCCGGGGCAUUGCCAGAUUUCUCCUCCAAACCCAUACAUCUUAACCGCUGAAGACAUCUUGCAAAUGAAAAAAGCAACAGAGCCAGCUCAUGGGAUGUCAGUGACAACGUGUGUUUCAAUCAGCCUUGCAGUGCGGUCAUUCAAAGUAGCAGGCAAGAAUGAAGUCAGUAGUGCUUGUGAACAGGAAACAUGGUCCAACUAUGCUCAGGUCUGCCCUUCAAAAAACACAACUUUUCACAACUUGGGAAACGUAUCGGUCUUUUGGAGGAACAACACUUACAUGUUUACAUUUGAGAAUGAAGGCACUUUGACUGAAAAGGUGUCUCACUUUUUGGCCUUGCAUCCUGAGGGCUGUGUGCUUUUGUUCGAGGCUGACAAGAUGAUAUUGAUGGACAAUGUACUUCAUGGGAACCUGCUCCACGAAUCAAGGUUGUCAGCCGGCUUCUUUUCUACGUGCCAAUGUCGGGAAAGAAAACCAACAACCAUUCUGUGGUGGCAGCUGGAAGAUGGGCAUGGGGCAGAACCAAGUGGAUCUGAGGGUCCCAAAGAACGCAGUGCAAGGGUACCUAAGCAUUUCACAAAGUCUGCUACUAAAGCUGUGCUUAUCUGCACAUUCAAGGCAGAUCUAGCAGCCCUAAAGAUUGCACAGGAGCAAUGCACGCACUUGGUGUACAUGGAUGUUGAGUAUAACAUUCAAGGCCAGCUGUCUGUAAAGAACCGCACAUCAUUUGAAGACUUUCUUUCUUCUAAGUUGACCAUGAGGCAGCUGCUUUUUGUAGGCUUGCCUCCAGUUGUGAUCGAUCGUCUUGACACGGAGGACAAAAUCAACUCAUUUGUUACUCAUGGGACAACUUUCCUCGAUGACAAUGCACUUGAUGGCUUUAUGCUGUUCACUUCUACAUCCACAGAGCCUGCAAUGUUGCAGCAGGUGGCACAAGCUACAGUAAAACAGUUCAGGGAGCACAGUCGUCCUCCGCACCUCUUGAUGCUCGCUGUACACGUUGGGAUUGCUGUGGACUUUGAACGCCUUAGGAAGAUAUCUGAUAUCCUGAUUUUGUUGGCACACUCAUAUGAGCCUCCAAAGGACUGCAUGGUUGAGUACCCCUCAGAGACAUUGUCAACUGAAAAGAUGUUUCAACUUUUGGAGAAGUUGUUGGCAAGGUCAAAAGAAAAGCACACAUUGGCAGUCUGUAUAUCAAUCAACUUGGCUGUGCGAUAUUUUGAAAUAGAGCCUGGCCAUGAAGUGCCAGGUAGCAAGUGCAAAUUGGAGCACUGGGAAAAUUACGCCCAGACUUGCCCAAACCUUAAGAUUCACACAGAAAGAGGCAGCCAAAAUGUUGCUGCAUACCGAAGAAAUGGUUCUAGUUUCCUGACGUUCGAAGAUGAAGAAACCGUUUCAAUCAAGGUUCUUCGCUACUUACAUGGCAACCCAGCACCUUGCAUAGUUGCCUUCCGAAUGGAUUCUGAGGACUCGUGUGGGGCAUGCGCAGCACGUGAAAAAGGUUCACGCCUUAUGGCGAUUUCAAGGCUUCUCUCUCCUGCUACUGAGUGCACAUCGACCACCAAUGGGAUGCAUACAGUACCACCUUAUGUUGCAACCAGGUCAGAUGAAACAGCUGAGAGUGAACAUUUAUCAAGAAGUCCUGCAGGUACUUCACUCACAGCAGCACUACCUUCUGUAGCAACCACAUCAGAUAAAACAGCCGAGGGUGAAGAUACAUCAGCAAGUCCCAUGGCUGCUUCACCCACGGCAGUCCACACUACCAUGGUGACAAGGCCUAGCUCGGCAUCAACAGGCUCCACAGCAAUCACUCAUGAGCCUUCAUUUCGUCAGAGGGAGAGGGCUCUUCUGUGCAUUUCUGCAACACCAGCAUCCAACAGGGAGCUCCUUGUGCGUCUUUGCACUCACAUUGUUGUGAUACAACCAGACAAGAUGUUAUUGAAGGCUGCACGCAACUUGAGGGAUGGUGGUGAACUCGGUCAUUCUGGCAAUACUGAGCUGCUGCUUUCAAGAGGUGUGGCUCAUGACAUUUCCAGUUAUGAUUCUGCUUUUAACAACGUGGUGCUAAUGGCACUCAUCACUAUGAACAUGGACGGCUAUUCACUCUUCGUCAGCUCAAAUACAAGUGCUGAUAUUUUGUUGAAGACUGCAAUGGAAAUGUGGAAGUUGUUCAAAAAGAAUAAAGACCAAAAAGAAUUUACUUUGGUGGUUGGAGCGCAGCACGCAACAUUGAACAAAGUUAUAUCUGAGCUUGGCAAGUACUCUGACUAUGUGGUUGUUCUCCCGGACAGUCUUGAAAAGCAUUCCAAGUGCUUGAUGAACAGCUCACUGUACUUCAAAUAUGAUGAUCCCAUGUUGCUGGAUGAGUUAAUGAGAGGCAGCGGGGCCACUGCAAUGCUGGCUGUAUCAGUGUUUCUUCCUGUGAUCAGUUAUGACAUCUCUAAAGGGCACAGCGAUCCUGGUGAUUCCUGCAUUGAAGAGGACUGGCAUGGCUAUGCAGUGACAUGCUUUGGCUACGGGUUCAACAAAGAAGAAAGGUCAGUACAUGGACCUGUGAGCCUCCGUAACCCCACUCAGCUCAUGGUCUUUGAAGAUGAAAUGACCAUAGCAGAACGAAUCACUAGCAUCUCAAUAACGAACCCGAACAUUUCUGUAGCAGCAUUUUAUGUUGAUGCUGAGGACCUGGUUGGGAGUUGUGCAAACAGAGAGCCAGCAUCCAGACUGGCUUACAUCUCUCGACUCAUCACAAAAAAAACUGCAAACGUGCCAACAUCAACACGCAGUCCACGAGUCAAGCGUAGGACAACGGGUCCUCCAGGCUCUCUCAUGUGUGUUUAUUCAAAGGAAAUCAGGUUUCCGGAUCUUUUGACCCAAGUAUGCGAUUAUGUCAUUUACAUGAACAUUGCAUUGACUGAAGGUACCAGAGAAUUGAAAGUUCGGCUUGAUCUGGGUUAUGACCAGCUUGUUGCUCUGGACAGAGACAGGGUGAAAGGAUUGUUGUUCGCACCAGAGCCUCAUACUAUCAAGACACUUAUGCGAUUUGCGGAUUCUCAACUUCAAGAUCAUCUUCAGCUACUUAGAAACAAGAUAAAAGUGGCCAAAAUAUCUGGGCUGGCCUUCUUCUUCCCCGAUGUCCCAAUGGCUGAAGCGUAUGGCCUGUACGAGAAAGUAUGGAAGUUCUUCAGCCAAGCUGACAAUCAUGUCAUGCUUCUUGUUGGGUUGACAAGUGUGAAUGAUAUACAACAGCUGCUCAAGUUUGCAAAGAAAUGCGAUGUACUUGUCCUUGUGAAGCAUCAUUACUCUGUGCCAUCAAAAUGUGUCAUUGCCGAUCCCUUCUUGAAGCCAAUUGAAGAACAAGAUUAUGAAAAUUUGGCGGCACUGACACAGGAGUCUGACUUUGAGACAGCAGUUGGUCUGUCUCUGCCUAUGGCUGUGACGGAGUACCACCUGAAUAGCACUGCAUACACCAUUGGUUCUUCCUGUGCCUGGGAACGUUGGUUAGGCUAUGCCAAUACAUGUCCCAAUCCAAAAAUGAAGACAGAAUAUGACGACAAGCAUGCCAAAUCAAUACAGAGAAAUGGCUCUAUGAUAUACUCAUUUCAAGAUGAAAGAGUCAUGGUAGAGCAGGUGCUCAAGUUUAUGAAGAAGCUCAAGCAGGGCUGCAUUACUGCUUUCUACGUGGAGUACGAAGACUGGACUGGGGAUUGCAGUGCUAGACAGCCUGUUACGAGACUUAAAAUGAUAGCUUCACAGCUCAACAGAACAGCAGAAAGCACAGAUUCUGACAGAACCGCACCAGUGCACAUGGAGAGCACAACUGCAUCAGUGCACGUGGGGAACACAACCACACCAGUGCACAUGGAGAAUACCACACCAGUGCACAUGGAGCACACCAGCACAACAGUGCACGGGCAACACACAAUACGAAAACACCCGCAGUCACAGGAACCAAAUGAAAAGCCAGAAGACCGGCCAAUGAAAAGACAUACCAAAGGAGUGUUCAUCAUCUGUCUGUUUUCUCGUCGGCUCCCCAACUUGCCCCUUGUGGCACAACUAUGCCCCUACAUGGCUUACAUGGGCCUCAUGCACUACACCAGCAAUGAUCGCUUCUACAUAAAUGAUGAUGCUGGCCUGUACCAGUUCCUGACACUCAAGCAGUACAACGUCCAACACCUCAUUAUUGCAACAGCACCCAUGCAUUCGCACUUGCUGACACAGCUGCGUGAGACCUUUUUACAUGACGGUGUAUCUCGCCUGAUGUACAGCAUCUCGAGGGAUCAGCCGCUUGAGACCCUUCAUGGAGUGAUGCUACUUGCCACGUCAGUGGUCCACUUGGAUAGCCUCUAUGAUGUAUCAUUGGACAUUCGAAACUACCUUCACACAAAAAUGCAUCUGAAACUGUAUCUUGCUGUCCAGAGUGUGGGCUAUAACACAAGUUUUGAUCCUUUGCUCAAGUUGAAGAGCUCAUGUGACCGGCUAAUCCUAUACACCAAUCCUUAUGUACCAUCUCCUCACUGUAAAAUUAUGCCAAUCGUCUAUCAAGACUUGGACAUGCUGGACAAGACAUUCUUUAAAAACAAAAAGGAAGGUGAAUCUGUUCCGUGCAUCACACUGAAUUUGGCCGUUCGCAAAUAUGAGCUAGAAAGUGGGAGUUCUGAUUUUGGUCAAGACUGCGCCAAGGAACACUGGACAAAGUUUUCAGCAACAUGUCCUGAUGAGCCUGGCGAAAGGGGAUCUACUGCAACCUCGGCAUACUUGAAGACCAGCCAGAGUAUGCUCGUUUUUGAAGACGAAACCAGCAUAGAAAAAAAGCUAUCUAAGCUCCAGCAAAUCACCCCUAACAUGUGUGUAAUGGCCACUGCUAUCGAAAGGGAAGACUGGAAUCAUGAGUGCUCUGCUCGACCUGCUGCCUCCAGGAUGCUUGCUAUUGCCAAGUAUGGAGGUGCAGAAAUUGUGCCACAUACUUCGCUGACAAAUGGUAUCUUAAUAUGUGUGGUGGACAGGGCACCACUUAUCAAGAUGUUGCCUGGAGGCCUCUGCACUCACCUGGUGUACUCUAGUGUACUAUACCGUCUCAGCAGCGAACACACUUUUGUUGCUGGAGAUGGUGCAGCAUUUUAUGCAGCUUCCAACCUUGCAAUGAACAGUGGAAUGCAUUUCCUGAGUGAAAUAGACCUCAUCAGUUUCUUCAAUAUUAACGUGCACCAUGCUUUCACUGGUUUCUUGGUGUCAAGCACAAAAUGGCUCCAAGAAACACAUCAAAAUGGUCUGGCCUUUAUGAAUAUUCCAAACAAAACUGACAACGUGAAGUUUGAAUCAAUAAUCAAGAAAACAUGGGAACAUAUUUCAACCCACAAGUUGCAGCAGAUGCUUCUUGUUGGCAUAGACUACAGAACUACCAACGUUGAACUAGUGAAAUCACUUUCUGGGAAAUGCACACUCAUGGUGUUCAUCACACAUCCCAGGAAAAGCUGUUGUGAAGAACCUUGCAAAGUGAAUUAUCCAUCAAGGCCGCAAACAGAUGAAGACAGCACUGUCAUGCAAAAGAUUGAGCUUGGCUCCGGCUCGGCAACUACACCGUGCAUCUCAUUCAACAUGGCUGUCAGAGUGUUUUAUGAUGUGAAGAACACUUCCUGUCGUCGAGAGGAAUGGGCAAACUACAAUCAGGUGUGUAAUGAAGCUACAGUGUCAGACCAUGGAAGUUACGGCAGUCUCUCCAGUGAUGGAAAUGUGUUCAUGUUUGAGACUACUGCAUCCAUCAAAGAUAGGAUCUCGAGGGUGUCUACCAAGGUGACGAUGAUGUGUGUGGCUGUCUUCGACCUUGACUUGGAGGAUACUAAUGGCUCCUGUACCUCUGGAGGUGUUGCCUUUCCUAGGUUGCGGGACAUUCAACAAGAGAUUACUGCUGUAAAGAAUACCACUGAUGCCAGCACCAACACGGGACCACCAGAUUCGGAGAAAACUUGGUCAGAGUCUGAGGCACCUGAGAAAUCUACUUCAGAAACUUCGUCAGAGUCCGAAGCACCUGAGAAAGCUACUUCAGGAACUUGGUCAGUGUCUGAGACACCUGAGAAAUCUACUUCAGGGAGUCCACAUGGGCAUCAGACAGACAAGGCUACUACUGAAAGUCCACCAGAGCAUCAAACAGGCAAGGAUACUACUGGGACUCCAUGGUGGCAAACUUCUGAAACACCAGCUGGUGGUUCCGCAAAGCCAACACUUUGGUGGGAAAAAAGCGAAGAAAUGACACCUACCAAACGCAAAAAAAUCACACACACUGAGGGCAUGACUGAAAGUGCUGAAACAGGGGAGACAACAGGUCAUACUGAUACUGAAAGCAGUGUGGAGACAACGACGAGUCUGAAGCCAGUCAUGUCUUCAAAACAAAGUCCACCAGAGCAUCAAACAGGCAAGGAUACUACUGGGACUCCAUGGUGGCGGCAAACUUCUGAAACACCAGCUGGUGGUUCCACAAAGCCAACACCUUGGUUGGAAAAAAGUGAAGAAAUGACACCUAUAGAAAGUGAAGAAACCACACACGCUGAUGGCAUGACUGAAAGUGCUGAAACAGGGGAGACAACAGGUCAUACUGCAGAAAGUGAAGAAAUGACACCUACAGAAAGUGAAGAAAUCACACACCCUGAGGGCAUGACUGCUGAAACAGGAGAGACAGCUGGUCAUACUGAGAUCGGAGAAUUGACACACACUAAUGAGAUUACUGAUGCUGGAAGCAGUAUGGAGACUACAAGUGGGAAGCCAGUCCCAUCUUCAAGACGUGUUCUGCUGUGUAUAACAGCUUCCACAAAUAUUGGAAAUCUUUUGCAACUUGACCUGUGCACUGGGCUUAUCUACUCCGCUGUCAACUAUGACGUAGAAAUGCAGAAGUUUGACCUGAAAAAUGAUGACAUUAAUGAACUGCAAAAGUUGCGAAAGGGAAGCGUUCCAUUUAUGGCAACUGAAGUGGACACACGUGGAAUUGUGACGUCCAAGGUCCGACACAUUGUGACUGAUUUCUUUGCCAAAACUGAGGAGUUCCUUGCAACAAACAACCUUGAUGGCAUUGCAUUUUUGGCAGCCCAUCAAGAUGCCGUAGAAGUUGAGCCAUUUGCAACAGAGUUUUGGAACCGCUCAAUGAAAUUCAAGCGACAGCCACUGGUGAUCAUAAUACUUGAAUUUGAAAAAAUUCGUGACUCCCAGGUGUUAGCAUAUGCUUUGACAGGAAAAUGCCAGUACUUGAUUCUCAGGAAGCAGGAUCCAAAGCCACACAGCAGUUGUGCUCCCAGAUUUCCCAACAGGCCUUUAGAAAAAGCUGAAGAAAUAGAAAUGAAAUAUUUAGAGCAGCGCUCAAGAAACAGGACCAGCAUUUGUUUGUCAUUUACCCUCGCUGUCCUCAACUUUCAUGGCGUCAAGAAACAAGGUCAUGGGAAAGUUUGUGAAAAAGAGCUUUGGGUAGGGUAUGACAAGGUUUGCCACUUAAAGAAGUUGCACUCUGCCACUGCCUAUGAGCUGAAGCAGAAGGAUAAUGGGACUGAGAUCUUCAGCUUCGAAGCAGAACGAGCAAUGCAUGAAAAGGUCUCAAAAGUGUCUGGGCUAGUUCAGACUGUGUGUGCUGCUGCAUUUGAUGUCGAGUUUGAAGAUGUGGAAGGGAAGUGCCCAGCAUUGGGUGGACCAUUUUCAAGGCUGCACGCUUUAAAAUCUGUACUCCAGAAAGGCAAGUAUAGUGCAUGGCUUUUCUGCAUGCUUGUGCUUUGCCUUGCUGCGGACUCGGUGUGUGCUGUGGAUGUACCGGGCUCAUCUGGCGAUGAGAGGCCAAGCGAGAAGGAUGGAGUAGCAAUGCAAGCAGUGGCAGGCCGAGCGCAAGUCGACCGACCCUGA